AUGGCACUCAGGUGGAUCGUUCUGCUCUUUGUCCUGGGACUGGCAGCAGCUAAGCUAACAGGGGAUACAGAAACGGACGUUGAUGAGGGCCAUGACUGGGACAUCUUUAACAUCAAUGAAGCGGCUGGGCUGGACCUGCUGGAGGGAGAUAUCGAACAGGAGGAAACAGACAGCAGAAACUCCAUUAUAGGAGACAAGUAUCGCUGGCCAACAACCAUUCCCUACUACCUGGAGGACAGUCUGGAUAUGAAUGCAAAGGGAGUGAUCCUGAAGGCAUUCGACCAGUACAGACUGAAGACCUGCAUUGACUUCACACCAUGGACAGGAGAGGAGAACUACAUCUCUGUGUUCAAAGGGAGCGGAUGCUUCUCUUCUGUGGGCAACCAGCAUGUGGGGAAGCAGCGGCUGUCCAUCGGUAGAAACUGUGACCGUCUAGGAACCGUAGAGCACGAGUUCCUGCACGCUCUGGGCUUCUGGCAUGAGCAGUCCAGAGCCGACCGGGACGAUUACGUCAACAUCAUGUGGGAUCGCAUUGAACCUGGUAAAGAGCACAACUUCAAAACAUACGAUGACGCAGUGUCCAGCGCCCUAGGCGUCCCCUACGACUACGGCUCUGUGAUGCACUACAGCAAGACGUCCUUCAACAUCGCCUCUGAGCCCACCAUCGUCACCAAGAUCCCCCACUUCAUGGAUGUGAUUGGUCAGAGGAUGGGCUUCAGUGCCAGUGACCUAACCAAGCUCAACAGCCUCUACAAAUGCACCAAGUCUUCUGCCUUCGUGGACAGCUGUAACUUUGAGCUGGAGAACAUCUGUGGGAUGAUUCAGGGUCCCGGCAAAGCAAAGUGGGAACAACGCAGCUCUGCAAGCGGAGGGCCUCAGACCGACUUCUCCAACAUGGGACAGUGUAAAGGAAAAGGCUACUUCAUGCACUUCAGCACCGCCUCUGCUGAACCUGGUGACCGUGCGUUCCUGGAGAGUCGUUGGCUUUACCCCAAACCUGGAGUCCAGUGUCUGCAGUUCUUCCUCCACAACACCGCCGCAGCGGAUGAUGUUCUCAACAUCUGGGUGAGAGAGUAUAACGAGGUCAACCCCGGCGGUAAACUCAAGCUCUUCAAGAGCAUUUCAGCAGGCGUCAUGGGCUCCUGGGAACUGCAUGCCAUCAAUCUGAAUGUGACCCGGAAGGCCCGUGUGGUUUUUGAGGGCGUGAGGGGAAAGGGUCCAUCGGAGGGAGGUUUCUCUCUGGAUGACAUCAACCUGUCAUCCACAAAGUGCCCUCAGCACAUCUGGCACAUCCGCAACAUCACCCGCCUGCUGGCCACCACACCAGCAGGAGAAAAGCUGUACAGCCCUCGCUUACUGUCACCAGCAGGUUACUCCUUCCAGGUCGGUGUGUACAUUAACGGAACAAGCGACCGUCCAGGAUACAUGGGCACCUACUUCUACCUGACCUCAGGCCCCAACGACCACAAGCUCAAGUGGCCAUGUCCGUGGCAGCAGGCGACUAUGGCCCUGAUGGAUCAGCACUCUGAUGUCAGACAGCAGAUGAACAUGCACCGAAUGGUCACCACCGACCCCGACAAGAUGUCUUCUGACGGCACUGAGUUCUACUGGGACGAUCCCAGGAAGGUGGGCUCCAAAGUGACUGCGUCUGACGGCAGCUCUUACUACCGGGGCCCAGGCACCGGAACGAGCAGCUUCAUCACCCACAGCAGACUAAAGAGCAGGGACUUCAUCAAAGGAGACGAUGCCUUCUUCCUCUUCAGUCUGGAAGAUAUAUCCGAUCUGCUGGCCUCUCGGCCCCUCGUCCGCCCCGCAGUCCGAGCUGACGGCAGGCUGGUGAAGGCGGAGGACCAAGGUGCUCCGCAGGGAGGUGCUGGAAACCCCACGGCGGUCACGGCUGUGGUCGGGUCCGUGGGAGCGGCCAUGCUGGUGGUUUCCACGGUGAUCGUAGGGAAGGCCUGCAGGACGAGGAGACGGCAGGAGGGCGAUGAGGUGGUGAUCAUACAGGACAUGACUGUAUUCAUGGAAGUGAGUGUCAGCAUCAAUUCACAGCACAGCAAUAACUAA